CACGAGGCUCUGAGUGCGGUUGUCUAUUUGAGCUGCUGGUGCGACAGUCAGCGGGAUGCCCAAGGCCAAGGGAAAGAGUCGGAGGCAGAAAUUCGGUUACAAUAUCAACCGAAAGCGCCUGAACCGGAAUGCCCGUCGGAAGGCAGCGCCGCGGAUCGAGUGCUCCCACAUCCGACAUGCCUGGGAUCACACCAAAUCUGUGCGGCAGAACCUGGCGGAGAUGGGGUUGGCCAUGGACCCCAACAAGGCGGUUCCUCUCCUAAAGAGAAAGGUGAAGGCCAUGGAGGUAGACAUGGAAGAAAGACCCAAAGAGCUUGUGCGGAAGCCCUAUGUGCUAAAUGACCUGGAGGCAGAAGCCAGCCUCCCAGAAAAGAAAGGAAAUACCUUGUCUCGGGACCUCAUUGACUACGUUCAUUACAUGGUGGAGAACCAUGGGGAGGACUAUAAGGCCAUGGCCCGAGAUGAGAAGAAUUAUUAUCAAGAUACCCCAAAACAGAUUCGGAAUAAGAUCAAGGUCUAUAAACGUUUUUACCCAGCGGAAUGGCAAGCCUUCACUGAUUCUUUGCAGAAUAAGAAAAUGGAGGUCGAGUGAUUGGUGUAUACCUGACCAGACUUAGGCCUCCUGGAUCAAAGAAGUCAAAGCCAGGGCUUAAGGCAAGGACUGUAGUUUCAGAUGAUGCUGGCAAAAUCCCAUGGAAUUAGUACGUACACACACACGCACGUGCGCACACGAACAUACUCUUCAUUUGGAUAGGGAACUCUUCUAGAGGCCCAUGAUUUAUAUUCUCUUAGGGGCUCAGAGAAAAGCCAAGACUUGCUGUUGUUUUUAAAGUUGAUGUUUUAUUUGAAUGUAUAAUUUGUACAUGAUAAAACUGAGAAUAUUU